GGUGUUCUUCUUCUUUAAAUAAAAUGCUCAAGUCUGCUUUGCAGAACACAUAUAUCAAGUCUUGUUUAAAUACCUGCCGCGCACCCACUGUUAGAAAAUUUGCCAUGAGUGUACCCACUGCCAGAACUAUUGUAACUUCAGUUACCAUUCCCAAGCUCAAGGAUCAAUCUUUAUUCAAAGAACUUGCCUUCAUUAAUAACGAAUGGACCAACAAGAAUAUUACUGAUACCUUUGUUAUUCAUGAUCCUGCUACUGACAAAGAGAUUGGUCAUUUACCCGACAUGGGAGCUAAAGAGACUAAGGAGGCUAUCGAUGUUGCAGCUGAAGCUUUCAAGAGCUGGUCUCAAACAACUGGUAAAGUACGCCAUGACCUUUUAUUGAAGUGGUAUCAAGCCAUGAUGGAAAACCAAGAUGAUCUUGCCACUAUCUUGACUUGGGAGAACGGCAAGACUUUCCCCGAAGCUAAGGGUGAAAUUGCCUAUGCCGCCUCUUUUUAUGAGUGGUUUGCCGAGGAAGCCGUCCGUACUUAUGGUACUGUCAUUCCUUCUCAUAUGCCCAACCAAAGAUUCCUUACCAUUAAGCAACCCGUUGGUGUUGUUGGUAUUAUUACCCCUUGGAAUUUCCCCGCUGCUAUGAUUACCCGUAAGGUCGGUGCUGCUCUUGCUGCUGGAUGUACAGUGGUCAUCAAGCCCGGAGCCGAGACCCCUUACUCUGCCUUAGCUCUUUGUGAGCUUGCUAAGCGUGUUGGCAUCCCUGCUGGUGUAGUCAAUGUUGUUCCUACCCAUAAGCAUGUCUCUGAUGUCGGUAAGGAAUUAUGUACCAACCCCAUUGUUAAGAAGAUUUCUUUCACAGGAUCUACUGCUGUCGGUAAACUUUUGAUGUCUCAAUCUGCUGGUACAAUGAAGAAGAUUUCAAUGGAGUUGGGUGGUAACGCGUCCUUUAUUGUGUUCGAUGAUGCCGAUAUCACAUCUGCCAUUGAUAACAUUGUUGCUUGUAAAUUCAGAGGUACUGGACAAACUUGUGUCUCAGCCAAUCGUAUCUACGUACAAAAGAAUGUUUACAAGGAAUUCUCUACUCGUCUUGCUGAAAAGGUCAACAAGUUCCAAGUAGGUCAUGGUUUUGAUUCCGAUACUACACAUGGUCCCUUGAUAAACAUGAAGGGUAUUGAAAAAGUACAAAGACAUGUUGAAGAUGCUGUCAGCAAGGGUGCCGAGAUUUUGGCAGGUGGUAAACAUCUUGGUGGUAGUUUCUUUGAACCUACCGUUCUCGGAAAGAUGUCAACCGAUAUGGAAAUUCACACUGAAGAAACAUUUGGUCCUGUUGCUGCUAUCUUUGAGUUUGAAACUGAAGAUGAGGUUGUUGAUCUUGCUAACCAUACGCCUUUUGGUUUGGCUAGUUACUUCUUUUCUCGUGACGUUGGACGUUGCUGGAAGGUGGCUGAACGUUUGGAAACUGGUAUGGUCGGUGUCAACACUGGUAUUAUUUCUAGUUGUUACACACCUUUCGGUGGUGUCAAGGAGUCUGGUUUGGGCAGAGAGGGUUCAUACUUGGGUGUAGAUGAUUAUGUUAAUGUUAAAUAUAUCUCUAUGGGUCUGUAAAUAAUUUAUAAAUAAAAACUAUCGAGACAUAUCGUCUGUGAUGUGGCACCAAGGAU